AUGAAGCCACCAAGCUCCCUUCAUAUAGCUCUCUCAAAUGCAGACAAUAAGGCUGCAGCGGUGCUGGUCCUAAGCGGUCAGAGCGGCAUCGUCAAAGACGCCAUCGAGGAGUUAGAGCAGGCGCUGUCGGAGGCCUGUGACCCGUUGGGCGACGCCCCCGAUCAGCAGGAGGAUGGCGAGGAGCCGCGCGUUAACCAGGACACGUACUGGUCGCUGCGGGACUGCCACGUGGUGGCCGCCUGCCAGGGGAUGAUGAAGGUCACUGCCGGGUGCCUGAGGAAAACCAUGGCGGCCGUCAGGACCCGCAGGGACGCCGAUGCGCCGCAGAGGGUGGGGCAGCUGGAUCGCCUGCUUGACGGCAUCAAGGAAAUCAGCCCAGGGUCCAGUCACAUCUGUGGUGAAGCCGAGCUGACCUGGCUUGAGUUCUUGGACCAGCCCGUGGACCACAACCCGCAAAAAGCCAAAGAUCUCCUUUGGCUGGACAGCUAGUGUGCGCAUGUGUGUCUGUGCCUGGAAGUCAUGCUUGUGUAUUAUUUUCGGGUUUGUGUGUGUGUUUUUGUGUGCUUGUGUGCGUCCCAUUUCAACUCUGGAUGGACAACAGAGUGGAAGAGAUCAAUCGUUAUCAGCUGCUACACAGCUCUUGAGAUUCUCAGGUCUCCUGAAAUUUGCUGAGUCUCUUUGUCAGUUAA